ACGCCUCUUUCAGUUUCUGAAUCCGCCUUAGAUCAGAGAAGAGCUCCGUUUAUCGCCCUCUCAUAGGCGAGCACAGUUCAGCUUCUCGUGUUUUAUAAUUAAUUUACUUAUUGUAGACGUGUAUAUGAAGCUGUAUGAUAAAAUACUCUAUUAAGGGGUAAAUAAGUCACGUCUCUUUGCUUCGGUUGAGUAGACGAAACGUCUUUGAGGGGGUUAUCAGAAGGGUUGUUUCCAGCAUGGCGGAUGGAGAGGGUUUUGUGGUGAGAGUCAGAGGAUUACCCUGGUCCUGUUCUGUUGAUGAAGUUCAGUGGUUUUUCUCAGAGUGCAAAAUUGCAAACAAUGGGACAAGCAUACAUUUCACAUACACACGGGAAGGGCGACCAAGUGGAGAGGCGUUUGUCGAGUUCGAAUCAGAAGAAGACCUUAAAAUUGCAGUGAAGAAAGAUCGUGAAACCAUGGGCCACCGUUAUGUAGAAGUAUUCAAAUCCAAUAGUGUUGAGAUGGACUGGGUUCUGAAGCACACCGGACCGAACUGCCCGGACACAGGAGGGGACGGCCUGGUUAGGCUUCGCGGUCUGCCAUUUGGAUGCAGCAAGGAGGAAAUUGUCCAGUUUUUUGCAGGGUUGGAAAUCGUGCCAAAUGGGAUAACAUUGCCGGUGGACUUCCAGGGGAGGAGUACGGGGGAGGCCUUCGUGCAGUUUGCUUCACAGGAAAUAGCUAAAAAGGCUCUAAAGAAACACAAGGAAAGAAUAGGGCACAGGUAUAUAGAGAUCUUCAAGAGCAGCCGUGCAGAAGUGCGCACACAUUAUGAACCCCAGCGUAAGGUCAUGGGCAUGCAGAGACCAGGCCCCUACGACAGGCCUGGAGGUGGCCGUGGCUACAACAGCGUGGCCAGAGGAGUCUCCUUUGAGAGAAUGAGACGUGGAGGCUACGGUGGAGAAGUUUGGGAUGGUCGUUAUGGAGACAGCGGCUCCUCCUUUCAGAGCACAACAGGACAUUGUGUGCACAUGAGAGGCCUUCCGUACAGAGCCACUGAGACUGACAUAUACAAUUUCUUCUCUCCACUGAACCCAGUGCGUGUUCAUCUGGAGAUCGGUCCUGAUGGAAGAGUAACAGGCGAGGCGGAUGUAGAGUUUGCUACACAUGAGGACGCUGUGGCAGCCAUGUCCAAGGACAAAGCCAAUAUGCAGCACCGUUAUGUGGAGCUGUUCCUAAACUCCACGGCAGGGGGUGGAAGUGGAGGGUAUGGUGGCCAAAUGAUGGGCAGUAUGGGAAACCAGUCGUCAUAUGGACACAGCAGCCAACAGAUGGGCUCUGGCUACAGCGGUGGUUAUGGUAACCAGAGUGGCAUGGGGGGCUACAGUGACUACAGUAAUCAGGGCGGAAUGGGGGGCAGUUACUACGGUGGAGGGAGCCGCGGGUCCAUGGGAAUGAACGGCCUCAACAGCGGCAUGGGGGGAGGCUGGGGGAUGUAGCCUCCAGGCCUUUCAGAGCUUUAUAACCUUCAUUUGAACAGUGUCCUCUUUCAUUUGUUUGUUCUUUGUUCCUUGCUCCCUUCUAAGUUGUGUUUGGGUCUGUACACAGGCAAACUUCUUUUUCCCUUUUGACAUGGUUGAAAGAAAUCCUAACUAGAGGUAGUAAUUUAUGUUAAAGAGAAACUCUUUAUUUGCUGAAAUGUGACAGCCCUUGUAUCACACUGGAGAGGUUCCUGUAAAUCUGUUUUUACAUUGGAGUAUUAAAGAGGUGUUUUUGUUUCCUCACAACAGGACCCUAUGGGCAAACUUAAAGCCUUUCGUACAGCUUGACAUCUUUUGCACGUGGAGGUUUCACUCUGUCGGUGAUUGUAGCAUCAUAUCUUAAACUUUUCGCUGCAAAGGUGUUUUGUGUGUACUUAAUGCUUAAUCUAGGCCGAUAGCUGAAAGAGUUUAAAUUUAGAGACCAAUUGUUUUUAUUAUUAUUUUGAAGCAUGGUGGGAAGUGGAUAGGUUUCAUUUAGAUGCAUGUAACUCUUUGCAUUUGCUUUUUUCCCAUGCAAUGUAUCACCUGUGAUUUCAGUGUAGUGGACAAAUGUCUGAUUCCUCAUGGCUUCACAGAUGGAUUAAUAAUUUGAGGCAGUGUUUAUUAAAUCGUACACAAUUCUAUAAAAUCUUCAGAAACUUCAUUACAGCUUUAUGAACAUAACAGGAGACAAAAGAGGGUACAACCCAGGAAACGAUCUAAAAUAGACAUUUUGUAUUCAGAGAGCCUUAAAAAGUUUUAUAAAAAAAAAUUUUUUUGUCUGGCAUGAGCAAAAAAGUUGGAGAAAAUACAAUCCAUCUGCUCUUGCAUACUAUAAAUGUAAUUUUACCUUUUGACAACAAAAAUUAAUUUACAGACUUUUGAGCCUCAUUCAUGAUAUUAGCAGAACAAAUGUGUUCAUAAAACCAUUUUCUUGAAUAAUUCACAUAUCUACUAACUUCAUACAGGAACUGGUCCCACUUUUUGACCCUGAUAGUGGUAUAUUUUUGUAUGACAUGCACAGAUUAAAUGCACAAGCACAUACACAAAAAAUUUGUGAUAAAGAUUACAAUUCAGCAAUGCCAUGUCUCCUUAAAAAUUACAAUUGAACGCUUAUCAGAAUUUAGAAAAUCGUUACAAAUUUAAUUCGGUCUAUUUUGAUAAGAGGAGACAUGACAAAGACUGAAAAGCAUGAAGAGUAUUGAAAUAUGAAUCCUCUGCAUCCACUCGAUGAACCCCUGAAAGGCUUAUAUGUGUUAGUGCUCUCCCUAAAAUGGAGACUAUCAUUAUAAAUACUCAUAUUAAUGUUAGUUUCUAAUUAUCCUGGCAUCUUCCUGUCAAAGAAACUUUGCAUAUGAUUUUGCAACAAUCAAAGGUUUUGGUCAAACGGAAGCCAGUGGUGCCACAAGAAAUGAAUGUU